CACGCACACACUUCCAUGGGCACCGAAAAGUGCACGCACACCAAAGUGGUUGACAUUUUUAUCUCCAUCUAAAAAAGGUGCGCAACAUACGGAGCUUUACGGGUAUCAUCAAACAAAAACCAUGGCAUCUUUUCGACAUAUUUUCCUCGUUCUUGCGCUUUCUUUACUGACUUUAUGUCAGGUUUUGGGCGCCAACACGAGGGAAGAAUGGAUCGCAGCUUUGUCGAGAUUACCAUGGCUUGAAGAUAGAUACGAAACUGAUUUACAGAACACUUUGGAGGAAGAAGAAGAGCUGGAGAAUGGAGGAGAAGGAGAUGAAGAUGAAGGUGAUGGAGCGUCUGUGUAUUUCAGCUACGAGCCUUCAUUCAUGGUUCCAAUGGAUGGACCGUCAUACCAAUCAUCAUCAGUAGAUGAAGACAAACCAGAGAAUGGAACAUCCGAUUUACGGAUGCCAAAUGUUCAUCCGGAAAAGGCCAAUGACUAUUUUUGCUACGCAGCGCAGAUGCCAAGGAAUAGAGGUGCUUACAUAGUUGGAUUCUCUCCUGUUACGACGCCGGGAACAGCCCAUCAUAUUCUCCUCUAUGGAUGCAAAGACCCAGGAAUGGAGCAACAAAAACCAUGGGAUUGCGGUGAGAUGGACAUGAUCAGAGAUGAGAAGAAGAUGACUGCUCCACCGUGUGCUUCGGGCUCUAAGAUCCUCUACGCAUGGGCAAUGGAUGCUCCUCCUCUCGAGCUACCAAAAGGCAUCGGCUUCGAGGUCGGAGGCGAUACAGGCAUCGACUAUCUCGUUCUCCAGGUCCACUAUGCUAACGUUGACAAGUUCGAAGAUGGAUCAACAGACGAUUCUGGCAUCGCCCUAGAAUGGACAUUGACACCGCAGCCAUUGAAAGCUGGUGUGUACUUCAUGGGUAGUGAUGGGGAGAUCCCCGGCAAGUCAAAAGACGUGCAUCUUGAGACAGCAUGCGAGUAUGAGGGACCGACACUUCAUGCAUUUGCAUACAGAGUUCACACACACAAACUAGGUCAAGUGGUAUCUGGCUACCGUAUCCGAGAUGAAUUCUGGACAGAAAUCGGCAAACGAAGCCCACAAUUACCCCAGAUGUUCAACCCCAUCACGAAGGAUAUUGAGUUUCAGUCGGGUGACACGCUGGCAGCACGAUGCACAUUUGCAAGUGACAGAGAUGAAACAACAUACAUAGGAAUGACGGGCGACGAUGAAAUGUGUAACUUCUACAUCAUGUACUACACCAGUGAGGAGCAGUUGCCAACGAUGAAGAGUUGCUAUGGCGAUGGGCAGUACAAAUGGGCGAAUGAUCUACCUAACAUACCAGACAAGGAGGCAAGCAGUCUCACCAGCGACGCACCAUCAAACAGCAUGUAGACUUAUGUGCUAUAUACUCAGUCCCAACCCAUUCACUAUUAUGUUGUUAACUUUAUGUUUGCCCAUUAUGUUCAUUACAAGAAGUAAAAGCAACCGUUGUAAUUCAUGCUUGCCUGACUUUAAAACAUAAUGAUUGUUUUAUAAAUGUUUAAUUCCAAAUGUUGAAUCCUUCAUAAUUUGAAUUUCUGAAUUCAUCUAGUAUGAUCUAAAUUUAUGUUC